CCCCAUCCUCCCCUUCUUCUCUUCUCCACGGGCGCCCUCUUGGCCGCCACCCACUGCAGCAUGUCAUCCGCAACGAUUACCUUUUCAAGGAGUUCCUGCGCUGUGACCGCCCAUCCCAAUCGCAUUGGCUUGGUCACCUGUGCCACCUAUCAGCUGGAUGAUAGUGAAAAGGUCAUUCGAUCUGGCGAUCUGCAUCAGAUCCGCCUGUCCGGCACCCGGACGCCCGACAACCGCCUCGCCCUCGAAUGCAACACAGUUUCCACGUUCGAGACUUGCGCCACGCUUGAUGCCCAGUGGCAUGCCCACUCGGACACGAUCGCCACCGCCGGCGGCGAUGGACGUCUUUCCCUCUAUCGAUACUCCCCCGUGACGCACAAUCUGUCUCUGUUGGCCGCGUCGGACAUCCUCCCCGAGCAGCAGCCCAUGUGUCUCUCGCUCGACUGGGCCGACCGCAUGAAUGGUCGCGCCUCGCCGCAGCUGGUUACCAGUGACUCGGCUGGUGGCAUUCACCUGUUCACCCUCCGGCCGGAUGGGACCUUGGCCAACAUCCUUUCCGGGUCAGGCGUCCAUGAGUUCGAGGCAUGGAUCGCAGCCUUUGGCCAGCCGGAGACGCCUGUUGUUUCGGCAGACGAGAAGCAUGUCGUUUUCCCGGACGAUGAGGAAGUCACCCUGGCGGCGGCCACGGCGGGUCCCUCUCUGGCACCGGAUGCCCACCCGGCUCUCGGGUGCAUGGUUUUGAGUGGCGGUGACGAUGGUGUCUUCCGUGGCUGGGAUCUCCGCAUGGGCUUCGAUUCUUCGGUGUUCACCAAUCGCUCCCAUAAUGCCGGUGUCACCGCGGUGUCGGCCCCGCCGGAGUCGGUGUCCGCUGGCCGUCCGCUGGUGGUGUCUGGAUCCUACGAUCAGUCGGUCCGGGUGUGGGACUUGCGCAGCCCGCGCCGGCCGUUGGAGACCUUCGAGGUGGGUGGUGGUGUGUGGCGGCUUCGUUGGCGCGAUGGCUGGGACCCGUCGUGGGGCGCCGGCGGAGAGGGCGACAGUGCCCCGGUGGCGGGGUUGCUGGUGGCCGCCAUGCAUGGCGGCUUCCGGGUCCUGGGGCUGGGCCCUGGGGGCGCCCUUCUGUCGGAUGGCGUGGCCGGUGGCGGUAAUGACCUUUCGACCCCGGAGGCGGUGGCCGCCGGGUCCGGGCGUUUCCCGGCUGCCUUCCAUAACUCCCUGGCAUACGGGGCCGAUUGGUGCCGGGUCCCGGUGACUAGCAGCGCUGAAGGUACCAAGGCCAUCGAGACUGUCGGCGCGACAUGCUCCUUCUACGACAAAACCUUUGGCGCCUGGACUCCCAGUGACUGUGAGUGGUCGUGAUGGACUUGCCCCCUUGCACGGGAGUGCCCUUUUUGUUCACAUCCAUCAGUGACUACACCUGCUUUCGAUCUUGC